UCAAGAGAGAAAAUCAAAAUAAUCGAAAAAGUGAUCGCGAAUGAGCAACGAGGUGGGCGAGGAUGGGCUGCGGAAGCCCCUAUUGCACACUGGCAGCUGGUACCGAAUGGCCGGUCUCCGCUCAUCAUCCAGCAUGAUGAGCUCCUCCGCCCAGAUCCUCCGUGAAUCCAUCUCUGUCUAUCUCUGCGUUCUAAUCGUCGCCCUCGGCCCCAUCCAAUUUGGUUUCACCUGCGGAUAUUCCAAUCCUACUCAAUCCGAUAUCAUUUCUGAUCUUCGCCUCACUAUUCCUGAGUUUUCCGCAUUUGGUUCUUUAGCAAAUGUUGGGGCAAUGGUUGGUGCAAUAGCAAGUGGCCAAAUCGCGGAAUAUAUCGGAAGAAAAGGGUCACUGAUGAUUGCUUCCAUUCCAAACAUCCUUGGUUGGCUUGCUAUUUCCUUCGCAAAAGACUCAUCGUUCUUGUUUAUGGGAAGACUGCUGGCAGGGUUUGGAGUGGGCAUAAUCUCCUACACGGUGCCAGUAUAUAUAGCAGAGAUAUCACCCCAAAACCUGAGAGGAAGGCUCGGAUGUGUAAACCAGCUUUCAGUUACAAUCGGAAUAAUGCUGGUGUAUGUUUUGGGCCUUUUUUUACCAUGGAGAGUUCUUGCAGUUUUAGGAAUUUUGCCAUGCACAUUCUUGAUACCUGGUCUGUUUUUCAUUCCCGAGUCACCUCGUUGGUUGGCCAAAAUGGGCCUACACGAAGAUGCUGAAACUUCUCUACAAGUUUUACGAGGAUUUGAAACAGAUAUCACAAAUGAGUUAAAUGAAAUUAAGAAAUCUGUGGCUUCGUCAACCAAAAGAACUGCCAUUCGGUUUUCAGAGCUCAAGAGAAGACGCUAUUGGUAUCCCUUGAUGGUGGGAAUUGGACUUCUUGUACUCCAGCAAUUAAGUGGUAUUAAUGGCGUUCUUUUCUAUUCGAGUAGCAUAUUUCAAUCUGCAGGGAUUUCAUCAGGUAAAGCAGCAACAUGUGGGAUUGGGGCAAUUCAGGUCAUUGUUACUGGGAUAUCCGCAGCUUUGGUAGAUAAAGCGGGUCGCAGGAUUCUUCUUAUAGUGUCCUCCUCAUUAAUGACUGCCAGCAGCCUCCUUGUUGCAACUAUGUUCUAUUUACAUGAUAUUUUACCUGAAAAGUCUCAUUCUAUCUUGCAAGUAUUGGCAUUGGUUGGACUUGUGAUUAUGGUGAUUGGUUUUUCUGUUGGACUUGGAGCUGUGCCAUGGGUUAUAAUGUCUGAGAUUCUUCCAGUAAGCAUUAAAAGCCUUGCUGGCAGUGUAGCAACAUUAGCAAAUUGGUUCUCAGCAUCAGUGGUUACAAUGACAGCUAACUUGCUGUUAACCUGGAGUAGUGGAGGGACGUUCGUCAUUUAUGCCUCGGUAUCAGCCUUUACUGUAGCAUUUGUGGCUUUGUGGGUUCCUGAAACCAAAGGAAAAACACUAGAAGAAAUUCAAGGAUUCUUUAGGUGAUAUAUAGUGUUACCAAUUACUAUUGCUCUCCAAAUUGUUUUGUUUGUUGGAAGUUCAAUUAUGACAAGAUACACUUCUUUAUUUACAGUAGUUAUUUCAUUAAUCUGAAA